AUGAACACAAUCAACCAUCCCCAACAGUCAUCAACACCUCUCCAGCUAAGAGAUCAGCAACCCUCUUCUACUUCUACCUCUCCAUCACAACACAUCACAGAGUCUCUUAAAACACUAUCCAUCCAAGAGAGCCACCAAAGUAGCAAUGAUAGCCCACCACAACUAGUCUCCAACGCUAGCUCUGCUAUCAGCGCUGCGUCCUCCCCGAAAUCUGACUUCAGCUCUUUCCAAGAACGUAUUAUUGCGUUCCAGGAAGCCAGACUCAAGUCAACCCCAAACUCGCCCCUUGAAGACCAAACCACCAGCUAUCAACCAUUCAGUCCUCCAUUCGACCCACACAACCAUCUUCCUAGUAUAUCCAACCAAUUAAUGAAUAAAAAUAUCGAUCCCCGCCAGGCUCCCCCAAGCAUGUCGCCGGAACUUUCUUCGACCUCACUUAAUAAUAAUGACAUCAAUGACAGUCAGACACAACAACAACCAUUAUCAGGAAGAAAUUCUCUUUCAUCGCCACUUAAUACAUCGAGUAACGCUUUUAACCUCUCAGCUUCCAGAAAUCAAUCGAAUUUCCCUCCUCAAAUGGCACCAUCUCCUUUCAGCGCCCCAGAAAUCCCUAAUUGGCAAUCGCCACUGACUUUCCAACCUCGUGGACCAAUCCUUACUCCACAGACGAAAGCUCGUGGCGGACCAGUUAAACAACAACUGUUGGCGUCUCGUCGUAACCCAAAAUUUGCCACGUUGACCCUUGCUUCGUUGACUGAGCCAACUCCAUCAACCCCAGCAAGAAAAAGAAUUGAAGGAAUUAGAAGCCAAGGAUUAGCUGGCGCCACCGCUCCCCCUAGUACUGCGUUCUCUAAUUUCGGGAAAUACGUUGAUAUCAAAAAUGGCUCGUUGAAUUUCAACGACAAGGCGUCGAUCCACAGUAAUGGGGUAGCGUUCAGUAGUGGGAAAUCGUUUAAAAUCUCUACCAAUGACUUAGAAGUUUUAGGAGAACUCGGGUGCGGUAAUUAUGGUACGGUUUCCAAAGCAUUACAUAAACCCACCAAUGUUAUCUUGGCGAUGAAAGAAGUCAAACUCGAGUUGGAAGAAAGCAAAUUUCGACAAAUUCUUAUGGAACUUGACGUGUUGCACAAGUGUGAUUCGCCGUUUAUUGUCGAUUUCUUUGGAGCAUUUUUCAUUGAAGGGGCAGUUUACAUGUGCAUUGAAUAUAUGGAUGGUGGGUCGCUCGAUCAGAUUUACGGCGAAGGGAUUGACGAAGGGAAAUUGGCGUAUAUUUCCGAGUGUGUGGUGAGAGGUUUAAAAGAUUUGAAGGAUACACAUAACAUCAUCCAUAGAGAUGUUAAACCUACAAAUAUUUUGGUGAAUACCGAAGGGAAAGUGAAGUUGUGUGAUUUCGGGAUCUCAGGAAACCUUGUUGCCUCGAAAGCGAAAACCAACAUUGGUUGUCAAUCGUACAUGCCUCCAGAAAGAAUUUAUUCCAAAUUACCAGAUAGCGCGUAUACCGUCCAAUCCGAUGUGUGGUCGCUUGGGAUUUCGUUGGUGGAGAUCGCUAUUGGGAAAUUCCCGUAUCCGGCCGCCAACAAUAUUUUUGAACAAUUGAGCUCGAUUGUCAAUGGUGAACCUCCAUCGAUCCCAAAAUCCAGAAAUUUCAGUGUCCAAUCUUCCAAUUUCAUCAAGAAGUGUCUCCAUAAAGAACCUUCCCAAAGACCAACGUAUGCCGAACUUCUUGAACACCCUUGGCUUGUGAACAAUCGUCGUGAUAGGUUUGGGGACAAAUACGAAAAAAUUUCGCAAGAAUUUGCCACGUUUGUUAAAAGCAAGAUCCAAACUCAAGAGCAAAACAAGGAAGAGCAAAAAGAACGGGAGUUUGAGCAACUAAAUGAAAGUAUUCAAAGUGAUUUACUUCGAAAGAAGUCUUUGAAGCGUCCAUCACAGAACAAUGGGUCGGGGAUCAUUUCAGAAAAUAGUGGCACUUGA